CGCACCACCGCGUGGAUGUGUGCGCGUACCCCCUCCUGGAGCAGCCUCCUGGGACCUGAGCACCAAGAGAUGAGCUUCCUAGAGCAAGGAGAUAGCACUUCAUGGCCGUCACCAGCCAUGACCACCAGCUCAGAAAGAAGCCAUGGGGAACAGGGGACCAAGGCUUCAAGAUGGACAAGGCAGGAGGAUGUAGAGGAAGGGGAGCCGCCAGGCCUGGGGGAAGGUCUCCAGUCCAGGCCAGCUGCUGAGUCCACCGGGCUGGAGGCCACAUUCCCCAAGGCCACACCCUGGACCCAAGCUGCUCCCUUGGCUGGGGUGGGCUCCCCCACAGCAGAGCGGGACAUCCUCCCCCCUGACUGUGCAGCCUCAGCCUCCAGCUCCAGCACAGACGAUCUGGAUGUGGGCAUAGAGUUCUCAGCCACAGCAGCCUGGGGCGAUGAGCUUGGCCUGGUGGAAGAGAGGCCGGCCCCAUGCCCGUCCCCGCAGGCACUGUUACCCAGGCUGAGCUGGGACGAUGAGCUGCAGAAGCCAGGGGCCCAGGUCUACAUGCACUUCAUGCAGGAGCACACCUGCUACGAUGCCAUGGCAACCAGCUCCAAGAUAGUCAUCUUCGACACCAUGCUGCAGAUCAAGAAGGCCUUCUUCGCCCUGGUGGCCAAUGGCGUCCGGGCGGCACCUCUGUGGGACAGCAAGAAGCAGAGCUUUGUGGGGAUGCUGACCAUCACAGACUUCAUCUUGGUGCUGCACCGCUAUUACAGGUCCCCCCUGGUCCAGAUCUAUGAGAUUGAAGAACAUACGAUUGAGACCUGGAGGGAGAUCUACCUUCAAGGCUCCUUCAAGCCUCUGGUCUCCAUCUCUCCCAGUGACAGCCUGUUCGAAGCCGUCUAUACCCUCAUCAAGAACCGGAUCCACCGCCUGCCAGUCCUGGACCCAGUCUCAGGCGCUGUGCUCCACAUCCUCACACACAAGCGGCUGCUCAAGUUCCUGCACAUCUUUGGCACCCUGCUGCCCAGGCCCUCCUUCCUCUCCUGCACCAUCCAAGAUGUGGGCAUCGGCACGUUCCGAGACUUGGCCAUGGUGCUAGAAACGGCACCCAUCCUGACCGCACUGGACAUCUUUGUGGACCGGCGCGUGUCUGCACUGCCUGUGGUCAACGAAGCUGGACAGGUCGUGGGCCUCUACUCCCGCUUUGAUGUGAUUCACCUGGCAGCCCAACAAACAUACAAUCACCUGGAUGUGAGUGUGGGAGAAGCACUGAGGCAGAGGACACUGUGUCUGGAGAAAGUCGUUUCCUGCCAGCCCCACGAGACCUUGGGGGAAGUCAUCGACCGGAUUGUCCAGGAGCAGGUGCACCGGCUGGUGCUUGUGGAUGAGACCCAGCACCUCCUGGGUGUGGUGUCCCUCUCCGACAUCCUUCAGGCUCUGGUGCUGAGCCCUGCUGGCAUCGACGCCCUCGGGGCAUGA